AUCAGCACCAUUCUCAUCACAUUGGAUUACGCGCAGUUUUAUUUUUGUCCAGAGCCAAUUAGUGGCCCCACCAGACCGCAAUUACUAUUACAACAACAAUUAUUACAACAACAACAACUAGUACCAACAUCGUUGUACGAGUCGUCAGGAUCAGCGUCGUCGUUUUUUAAUAAUUUUUUAACAAACACCAACAAUUUCAUUAACAGCAACAUUACGCAAUCACGUUCACCACUCUAUCAGCAACAACAACAGCAGCAAUUACAAUUGCAACUGCAACAGCAGCAGCAACAAGACUCAUCAACAACGCCGCCAACAUAUUAUAAUUACAAUUACAAUUAUAAUCUACAGCAACAGCAGUUGCAGCAACAAUUAUUGCAGCAGCAACAUCAUCACCAACAACUGUACAAUCCAUUCUACAGUCAGCAACAUCUGCAGUCGGCAGCAACACCACCACCACCAUCGUAUUACCACAAAUCGUUGUUUGGCAGUAGCAUUAGUCCGGGCAGUUAUUUGGGCGAUACAGCAGCAACAGCGGGCUUUGGUUUGGGCCUAAGCGGACUGGGACUGGGAGGAUUAAGUGCAGGCUUGGGUGGAGGAGGAGGAGGUGUUGGUUACACCCCCUUAGGACGUAGCUAUCGUUAUUAUAAACAACACGCCUCAACAGGUCUCGGAGGCAAUAGCAGUUACAACGGUUAUUAUAGUUUAAGUUUCGGCGAGAGUUACUAUCCCUUUCAAUCGAGUGGCGGAGGAGGAGGAGUAUCAGGAGGUGGAGAUUAUUUUGGACGCAUAUCACCAGCGGCGGCUCAUACGGGACCUCUGCUAGCCACUUCGGUUUCAGAGCCUCGCAGUAGUUUACUAAAAUUACCCCCGCCACCACCACCACCAUUGCUGCCACCCCUAGAUGACGAUCUGCAAGUAAGCACUGAGCCCUACUUGUCUACCUAUUCGUCAAGGCCUAUAGAUUAUAUACCCUCACCACCGGCCUCCUUGCGCAGCGAUACUUACGCCUAUAGACCACGACGUCAACGUGAUACAGGCGGUCGUUAUUCAGCUACCGGUUAUUAUACUACCCGACAAAGAAGUCGUGGCUUUAGUCCCAUUAUAGACUGUGAUCGUUAUAGGGAUCGUGAAUUUGUGGGUCGCUCUAGAUUACGCACCAAUAGCUUGCAAAGUAACUGCAGUUUAGGGCGGUCUUCGUUUACGGCCAUCGAUCGUUUGUCACCCAUAAGAGUGGGUGCUUCGCCGCGUUCGUUGAGAAGAGAGAAAUAUUUAUCUCCUUGUGGGAGUCCUAAAUACAGCAGCAAAACGUCGUCCCUACAACCAGCCAACGCCCACGAAUCACAAUAUCAUACACAAGCAUACGAUACAUCAUCGUCCAAUACCGCCGGCGCUGGUACAGUAACAUCCAAAGCAUCAGCAUCAGCAGGCGCUUUAACACAUACGCCGCCUCAUUAUCCGCAUAAUACCUCCUCACAAACCUCCUCCAGCCAUCACCAACAUCAGCACUCACAUCAUCAUCAACAUUUGCCCAAAUUGGAGCAACCACAACCGUAUCAGCCCUACAACACCGAACAAACGCCCAGCAAUAGCACAUAUCACACGCAUAAAAGGACUCAUAAAACUUCUACAGAUCCUAGGGAUUAUCAUCAACAAACUACUCCCCAAAGACAACAGCAACAACAACAACAAUAUCACUAUCAGGAUCAACAACAACACCAGCAGCAGCAACAACAACAACACUUUCACACCACCAGCAGUACCAGCAACAUUUACUCCACACGCUCAACACCCGGAAGUUGUGAAAAUUUCCAUCAUUUAGCUUCAAAUCUUGGGUUUAUACAGCGUCAUAGAAUGAUGGUGAGCAAACUGUGGAAGGGUUGCUUUCCCGAUGUCACACCCGAGCAUGUGCAUCGUCACAAUUUCUAUCUCUGCCAAUGGCAGCGCAAUACCCAAGUGCGCAUUAUCUAUCUCUUCUAUCGCUGGAUUACGGCCAUUAUUUGUCUGGCUGCUCUGGUAUGUUCACUACUCGAUAUCGGACGUACUGAUGAACGUUUCGAAAAUCAUUAUGCCAAAUGGUGGAUUUAUCUCACCCAUUGGGGUCUGCUCUUCUGUACGGUUCAAGCAUGGUUGGCCGCCAUGAUUGUAACGCAGGGCAUGAUGGUAGAGCGAGAAGACUUUGAGUUAAUGCGUCAGGCGAAAAAAUCAAAAUUACAUCUUCUCUAUUGGGUGCUGUACACGUGUGCCACCGUCUAUGCUUUUAUAAUAACGAUGUGUUAUUGGUUGUUAGUCCAUGAUCCAGAAAUACAUAAAAUUGACACAUUAAACAUCAUGGUGCAUGUCUUAAAUUCGAUUAUAAUGCUUAUCGAUUUGGCCAUUGUGGGACAUCCAAUUAAGUUAAGUCAUGUCUAUUUUACAACUGGCAUUGGUUUAGCAUAUGCCAUAUUUACGGGAGUUUAUUUUUUGGCUGGUGGAACGGAUAGAAAACUUCAAGUGGCCAUUUAUCCUAUGUUAGAUUGGACCAAACCGGGUAAAGCCAUUAUCGUUACGGUUUGUGCCAUUAUCUUUGUCUUCAUUGUACACUUCUGUUGUUUUCUGCUAUAUCGCGCCCGUGUCUGGCUGUUUACUAAACUCUGCAUACGUGGUUCACAUCAUCGUGACGGUGAGUUUUGUGAGGGUCUCAAUGAGGACUCGUGUGCUACGCGUUUGGGUGGCGGUAGUAGUGCUGACUAUUCGCAUCAACAACAAUUCCCCACUACAGUGCAUUCGGAACAGCCGCAUCGUACACAUCUAACGGUGGCCACCAGUGCAGCGGCCACACAACAAUUGUCAACGGAACAUGUUUAUGCUAAUGCUCCUAGUCAUCAGCAUGUGAUGGCUGGACAACAGCAGCAACAACAACAGCAGCCACAUCAACAUCAUCCCCAUCAGUAUCCACCCCAAUAUUCGGGUUAUCAACAGCAACCCGUAGUGGCUGGGGUAAAUGUGGGUGUGAUUAGUUCAGCUGAUAUCUAUCAGCAGCAUGAUGGCAGUAACAAACAUCAUCAACAGCAACAGCAACACCAGCAGCAACCACAUCAUCAACAACAACAACAAAAGUCCACUAGCGGUGGCAAUGCAUCAUCUGCCACAGCUGCUGCCUCAUCAGCUCUAUCACGUACUGUGGCUCAUUUAGAUGCGGCACAACGUGAACAAUUCCUAAAUCCCAAUCAAAUUGUGGAAUACAAAAUGUAAAGACGUUGUACCCGGCACCGAUAUACCUUUCAUUUGUCCAUGAAAUUUUUAGAAAAACAUUGCAGUCAAUGUCAGGCCUAUAAAGAGCAGGCCGAUAACUAUGGCCGACUUAAGGGAGAUGAGGAUAAUGCCGAUGCUGCCGAUUGUCUGGUGAGCCAUAAUGUAGCGCCCACGAUGGGGGAUGUUGACAACAAUAUCGGCAACAAACAGGGUAAGAAAAUUGACUAUAAAGAUAAAUCGUGUUAAAUAAAGAAAUUUUAUAAGGAAAAGGGCAGGAAAUGCUGUAGUAAGACAGAAAUGUUUGAGUGAGAGGAAUAUUAAAGCUAAAAUUCUUCACGGAACGACAUGGAAUUUAAUGAAAUAUUCCAAAAUUCCAAAUCAAAAAGAUUUUGUUGUUUCAAGACCAAAAUAAACUAUUUCUAUUAAAAAUUUAUAAAAAGUUAACAUUUCAACCAAUUUUCUUAGGAGGAACGAUAUGGAAUUUAAUGAAACACUUACCAAAAUGCUUCAAAAUCCAUAGAUUGUUUAUUUGUUGUAAAUCAUAACUUUUUCACACUAUUCAUGCUUUCAAUUAUGAAAUGUCUGUAGAAGGAACGAAAUGGAAUUUAGUGAAACACUCAAAAAUUAAGAGAUUUUAAAGAGAUUUCGUUCCUUUUGUCGAUAACAAACGAUAUUGCUAAAAAAAAGUCGCAAAAUUUUAACGUUUUAACAUAUUUUCUUAAGAGGAACGAAGUGGAAUUUAAUGAAACUCUAACCAAAAUGCUUAAAAAUCCCUAGAUUUAUUAUUUAUUGUAAACCAUAGCUUUUCCAUACAUUUCAUGCCUUAAAAUAGAAAAAUUUGAUUAGAGGAACGAAAUGGAAUUUAAUGGAACACUCUAAAAUUAGGAUUCUAUUAAUGAGAUUUCCUUGUUUUUGUCUUAAGAAAGCAAUUUUAAUAAAAAUUUUAACAAAAUUUCAACGUUUUAACAAAUUUUCUUAAGAGAAACGAAAUGGAAUUUAAUGAAACAUUAGCUAAAAUGCUUAAAAAUCCCUAGAUUUUUUAUAUAUUGUAAAUCAUAAUAUUUCCACAGUUUUUAUUCUUAAAAAUAUAAAAUUUUUAUUAGAGGAACGAAGUGGAAUUUAAUGAAACACUCUAAAAUUAGGAUUCCAUUAAUGAGAUUUAGUUGUUUUUGUCUUAAGUAAGCAAUUUUAAUAAAAAUUUUAACAAAAUUUCAACAUUGUUACAUAUUUUUGUAAGAGGAACGAAAUGGAAUUUAAUGAAACACUAACCAAAAUGCUUAAAAAUCACAAGAUUUAUUGUUAACCAUAACGUUUCCACACUUUUCAUGCCUAAAAAUAUAAAAUUUUCAUUUGAGGAACGAAGUGGAAUUUUAUGAAACACUCCGAAAUCAGCAUUUUAUUAUUGAGAUUUCAUUAGUCUUAUCUGAAAUAAACGAUUUUAAUAAAAAAUUAAAAAAAAAAUAUAUAAUUUGAACCUAUUUCUUUAAGAGGAACAAUAUGGAAUUUAAUGAAACACAAAAUUUCCUUUCUUUAAGUGUAAAUAAAAGAAUUUUACAGUUUUUGUUUAUUGUAAAAUAAAUUUUAACAAAAUUAUGCGAUUUUGACUAAAUUUCAUUAGCGGAACAAAAUGGAAUUAAGUGAAACAGUUUAGUAUUUAAAAAUUAAACAUAGGAAAAAGUUUGGUUGAUACUACCCCUUAAUUUCAAAGGAUUUUAAGCAAUAAAAUAUCAAAUUUUUGUUCAAGGAACGAAAUGGAAUUAAGUGAAACAGUUUAGAAUUUAUAGCUUUAACAGGGGAAAAUGUAUUUGAAUUAUUACUACUUAACUAAGAAGGAUUUUAAGCCUUAAAAAUGUAAGUUUUAGUUCCAGGAACGAAAUGGAAUUUAACGAAACAGAGCUAGAUUUCUAAAUUUUUCUAAGAAAAAUGUUUGUUAAAGGUUAUAACAACAUUUUAAAGUAUUUUAGGCUUUAAAAUUUUUAAAAUUUGUUCCUGGAACAAAAUGGAAUUUAGUGAAACACUUUCAAAAUUACACUUUUUUUAACAGAAAUUGAAACAAUAUUUCUGUUUUUCUUUGUUAUGAAAAAAUUAGAACAAAAAUUUUGAAAAUUAAACUAAAUUUCAUUAUCGGAAUGAAAUGGAAUUAAGUGGAACAGUUUAGAAUUUAUGAAUUUAACAGCGGAAAGUGUUCUUUAGUUAUUAUUGUUUAAUUAAAAAGGAUUUUUAGCAGUUAAAAUCCUAAUUUUGUUCAAGGAACGAAAUGGAAUUUAGUGAAACAGAACUAAAUUUCUAUAUUUAAGAGCGAAAAAUGUUUCUUGAAUAUUCUAGCAUAAUUUUUAAGUAUUUUAGGCUUCAAAAAUGUUUAAAGUUUCUUCCAGAAACGAAAUGGAAUUUAGUGAAACACUUUCAAAAUGACAUUUUGCAAAUGAAAGUAAUAGAAUUUUUCUUUUAUUGUUUAUUUUGAUAUAAAUUUUGGAUAAUUUCAUUAGCGGAACGAAAUGGAAUUAAGUGAAACAUGUUUAAUUAAGCGUUAAUUGGUAUUUUCUCUUACUCACUCAAACAUUUCUGCUUAAAAGUGGUUAUUUGACAGAAUUUUUGUUCAGGUUUAGCUAAAAAUUUCAUGGAUUUUAUGAAAGAAACAAACAAAUUUAAAAACUUUAUAAUUUUUCUUUAAAUAUUUUUAAGUUUAAAAUUUAAAGAUUUCAACUCUACACUAAAAAAAUUAAAAGGAAAUUUAAGAAAAAUUAUUUAUUAAUGAAAAAAAAAAACAAAAUUAAUAUUUUUUUUUUAAUAAUUUGAUUGAUUUCAAUUAUUAUUGAUUUAUGUAUUACAAAAACACAUAUAAAGCUAACUAAAUAUCGGUGC